AUGGCUAAAAGAACAUUAGGAUUAGGUAAAGCAGCAAAAGCCAAAAAACAAAAAAUUGAAUCAUCUUCUACAAAUCCCGAAACUUCAACAAAUCAAACAGAACCAGAACAAAAUUCAAAUGAAUUAACAAUAGAAUUACCAAAAGAUAUAGAUUCCACAAAUGAUGAAAAUGAAGAAAUAAUAGAAUUAAAAGGAUUAUAUAAAACUUAUUUAGAUUCAGAAAGAGAUAAUGAAUUAAUAUUAAAUGGAAUAAUACAUGAAUGUGAUAGAAUUUUAAGAAAUUAUAACAGCGCAGAAAACUCAGAAAAUAAAAUAAUACCUUCAACAUUUUAUAAAAUUUAUGCAUUUUCAUUAAGUGAAUUAUCAAAAUUUUAUAACAACGACUUAAAAAAAGUAUCUGAUUUUUUUGAAGAAAGUUUAAAUAGAAUAGAAGAUGGUUUAAGGAAAUUCCCCAAGGAUAUUGAAUUAUUAUUUAUAAAAUUUAAAAUUUUAAUUAAUCAAAUUAUAUUACAAUAUAUAUCACAAUUGAACAUUAAUAGUACUUCAAUAAAAGAUAUAGAUGUUGAAGAAAUUGAAAUAAAUUUAAAAGAAGAAAUUGAUUAUGCUUUAACUUAUUAUGAUGAAGCCGAAACAAAAGCUUUAGAAGAUGGAGAUUAUAAAAUUUUUAAUAAUGAUGAAAUUUGUGAAAUUUUAGAAAAUUUUGAUGAUUUAUUGGAAAUUAUUGAUAAUUUUGGUAAAGAAGAAGAAGAAGAGGAAGAAGAAGAAGAAUAUGAAGGAGAGGAGAAAAAGCAGAAGAGAGCAAAAUCAAAGGGAGAUGAAGAUGAAGACGAAAAUUCAGAUUCAGACUCAGAAGAAAUAGAAUUAUCAGAAUCACAUCCAUUAUAUCCGCUAAAAACCACAGAUAAAUAUAAAAAAUGGUGGCAAAAUCAUACAAAUAAAUAUUUAGAAAUUUUAAAUAAAUUAAAAUCACCAUCUUUUAAAAUUCAAAAAAGAUUAAAUGAAAGAUUAGGACAAUCAUAUUUAAAAGAAUCAGAAUUUACAACAAAUAUUUACUUAACAUUAAAAUUUAAUGACGACUACUCAGGAAUUGAAGAAUUAGAAGGAUUAACAGCAGAAGAAUCAAGGGAAUUAUCUAUAGAAUUAAUUGAAAAAGCUAUAUAUCAUUUAACUCCAAAAACACAAGAAGAUGAUGAAGAUCCAGAAAAUUGGGUUAAUGUUGCAGAAUCAAAAAUUUUAUUAGGUAAUUUAUAUGAUAUAAAUUCAAAAGAACAAGAAAAAAAUUAUUUAGAAGCUGAAAUUUUAUUAAGAGCUGCUAAUAAUUCAACAAAUGGGAAAUAUCAAGAUGUAUUGGAUAAUUUAUUAGCAAAAGAUGAUUAA